GCGCCGCCGCUGCCAUGGCCGGUGGUCGCCGCUCGCCGCCCGCUCCGUGCUGCCCGGGCCGGGCGGCGCUGCCCUCUCCGUGCUGCCAGGGCCGCGUGGCCGUGCCCAGCGUGCACCAGAGCCUGUCCGAGAUGGACUUCGAGCGGGGGAUCUGGGCGGCGGCGCGGGACGGGGACGAGGCGCGGGUGCUGCAGCUGCUGGAGCGGAGAGGGGACCCCGCGGAGCCCGACCUGGCGGGGUACACGGCACUGCACUAUGCCAGCCGGAACGGGCACCUCGGGGUCUGCCGGCUGCUGCUGGAGCGCGGUGCCCCGUGCGAUGCCCGCACGCCCGGCGGUGCCACCCCGCUGCACCGCGCCUGCUACUGCGGGCACCGCGCCGUCACCGAGCUGCUGCUGGCACACGGAGCCGACCCCGCCGCCACCGACGGCGACGGCAGAACCGGCCUGCACAAGGCCGCCGAGCAGGGGCACCGCGAGCUCUGCGCCCUCCUCCUGCGCCAGCGCCCGGCCCUCGCCGCCCUCCGCGAUGCCCGGGGCCGCAGCCCGCGGGACGGGGCGCACCCGGCCGUGUGGGACCUGCUGGACACCUGAGCGGACACAGCGGCGACAACCGGGACCGGGCACUGUCACGGGCCCGGUGCCCGUCCCGAUACCGGCGCUGCCACUUCCGGGUUCCGCCAGCACGCCCCGCCCACUACUCCCAUCUCAACCAAUCACCUCCCGCCGUUCCCUGCAGCCCCGCCUCUCCUCCCAUGUAGCCAAUCAGCACCUCGGUGCAGUUAGGGGGCGGGGUUUAGCGGCGUAAACAGCCCCCGCGGGUGGGGGGGGAUUUAAAGGCGCCGCGUCCUUUUUCAGCGGGACCCCCCCCCCGCGCGGCACCGAGCACAGCCAGGUACAGAUAUAGAAUUUUUAUUAACCCAUCUGACAAAAAAAUAACCCGAAAAAAAAAACCCUCCGUGAAAUGAAAAUUCCACGGUCGGUUCGACAAGCGGGGCGCGGGGGGAG